UCCAUGUCCCUGAUCCUACUCGGAGAGGAGGACCUUCGUUGAAAUUCAGAGAUAUUCCCUUCCGGUUUCUCAAAAUCUCUAUGAAACAUGGAAACUUCACCCUCUUCAAGAUCCUGCGGCCGAUCAACUAUGUGUCUUCUGCCGUGCGUGAUGCGCCAGAUUGUCCUUGACGCCAACAAAGAAUCUUACCAUAGGCCAAUGGGUCUAUCGAAGUUCAAAAAUGCCACCAAAUACAGGUUGGUAGCAAGAUGUUCAGUCAAUCCUGUGGAGUUCACCUUACUAGGCACAUUUUGAACCGACCCAAGCCUUCGGCAAUGUACCUAAGUAUGCUGCUUCCAGAAAAGCGGCUUGAGAAAAUGCCGAUCGAAUCAUGCAUGUUCCCAGGCCAUGAAGACAGAAGCCGCCUCAUCCUUCUUCUUGCUUGAUAGGGAGUGGCUUUCCUUGGAACUGCAAUGGCAACAGGCAAAUUGGCGCAGAGAAGGGCUUCCAAGUCCCGGUCCAACCAAAGACUUCUGCUGCAGCCUCUCACUGCCGACACCCUUGGUUGACUUGUCUCACAGAUUGAUCAGCCGAGAGGAGACAUAUGACUGCUGCCAGGCUCUUAGUUGAGGACUCGUCAUAUUGUGUUGCCCCAGGAGUUGGCUGUCCUGCCAUGAAUAUUCUCGAUGCUGAGAGCAAUGCGGUGGGCCUCUUCGGGGUAUUUGAAUAUUGCAACCCUUCGACGCAUCUGGUUGAACCUCCAAUAACUCGGUGUACUGCUGCUGGCCAUUUACUUCCAGUUGGAAGGGUGCACAAGAGCUGUCAAAGUAUAAAGACCCUCCUCCGCGUCGAAUUUCAAGGAAAUCUCUGCGCUACACAGCCUGCCACUGUGCGGCUCCGAAGGAGCGAAACUCUUCAUAUACCAGCACCUUCUCGAACGAUUCCUUCGAUCUUCCUGUUCUUGCAGCAGAGUUCAUUGAACAUCACUACCGCUACUACUAUCACAAUGCGCACCUUUGAAGCUUGCGCUCUCUGGGGGCUGGGCCUUUUGUUAAGCAGCAAACUUCUUGUGACUGCGCUUCCAACUUUCGAUUACAUGUGGACCCAUGUGAGGAGUGAACACUUCUACAGCAGCAGUAGCCAUUGCGACUCAGACAGGGAGGCCUGCUUUUGGCCAGGAUUUAUCCGCCCAGCAGUUGAGUCCGAUGAGGAGGGUGACCCGGCGGUGAGGGCUCCCGCGGCUGUGUAUCCACAUGACACAGCAUUGACUGCUACCGCUACCGACGACAACACCGCUACUUCCUGCAACCCAAGCACACAGACGGCACUCACUGCGGCUGCGGACCUGAAGUUCCAGCGCCGUGAUGAAGACACGGGAGUCAUUCCUCCCGCCGUUCGAUCCCAGGAGACCACCCUCCCUCCGGCUAACCCAACGCCCUACCCGUGCGCGGGAUUGGUCCAACCAUGCGAUCCGGGCUACAAGGUCCUGCUCUUCAACGGCCUCUGCAUCUGCUAUUAUCUUGGAGGUCGCGGAGACGCGAGGUGAGGUGUGUCCCAAAAGUCUGGGUGGGCUCUCGCGUAGAGCGGACUCGCGGUUCAGAACUUUGGCGAGGUACAUUCACCCGUGUGUCACCCCCCAGGAUCGAACGAGUUUGGGGGGGGAGGGGAGAGAUGUGUGUGUGACUGACUUCUCAUCUGACCUUGGCCUACAGCACGGUCACUAUACCGACAACAACAACCACAUACACUGCGAUCCCUCGGGUGUAGCCCGUACACCCUUUGUGCCGUUUUACUGUGGGCAGCAAUGGCGUUGGGUGAAUUGUUUAGCGUUGGCAGGGGCGCGGCAGGAGAGUGACUGCAAAUGUGUGCCAGGUCAGGCAUGCUGGACAAUCAGGACAAACACCCACAUUCACUACCAGCACGAAGAUGAGUCUGGAGUGGACAGGGAGGUAUGAGUUCUCACCGCCCCCUUUUUCUAUGGGUAUAUUGAUAUAGCUUUCUUUCAAUGAGAUGAUGUUCUGACGAUCAA